GUAAAUAUUUAUCAGUUUAUUCUUUACCAACACAUACUUGAGUGGAUAGUUAUAAUCAGUGGAACAGAAAAUUUUUUAGUUGAAUAUCUACGUCUUCUUGAAAGAAUUCGACGAUAUUUUGCUUAAGCUUAGAGCAUAAUAAAAUCGGUCCCAGCAACCACACGCUGUAAUAAAAACUUCCGGCUGCGAGGAGCACUUGAAAUAUGUUUCGGUGAACGCUACUUUAAUGGAGAAUUUAACGAGUGCGCCGGUCAGCAGGUCACAAAGUAGGCCACAGUCGAACAGACGAAGCAGGAGCAGUUUGCUUCGACAGCAAAUGAGAAAUCCACACGACCCUCUACAAAUUCUUGAACGACUUUUAAAUACUACAACUCUCCAAACUCAGCGAGUCCAGCAUGGCAGCAUCAUUGACAUAGGUUAUGACAUUGAAGGCGGCAUAGCAGCCAAGAGAGAGGAUGAGAAGCAGGAGGCAGUAAGGGAAGCCAUACAAGCUGCUGAAGAAAGAGCUACGCGGGAGUUGAGAGCAGCACUGAAAAGAUUGAGAAAAGAUUUGACAGAGGAAAAGUUAAAGGCCUUGGAGGAGCAAAAAGCAUACUAUGAGGAGUUGGCCAGGAAGGUUGCUGAAGCGCGAGACAGAGCAGAAGAGGAAAGGAUACGAGAACUGACCAAAAAGCUCCAGAAAGAGAAAGAGGAGGCCCUGAGAAAACAGUGGGAAGAGGCAGAGAGGAUAAAACAAAAGGCAAUAGAUGAGGCCUGUGCUCUACUAGAAAAGAGGCUGCGAGAUGAGUUUGCUUUAGAGAAGGAGUUGGCUAUUGCAGAGACCUUACAGAAAGCUAGGGAACGUCACAAGAAGAAAUUGGAAGAAGCCAUUGCUGCUACAAAAGAAGAGUGUGAAAGACUUGCCCAGCAGGAGGCAGCACGUGUGGCCAAGCUCCAUCAAGAGGAGAUCAAGAGACAUGAACACAAGUAUGAUAUCCUCACCAGAAAAUAUAAAAAAGAGAUCCGUCAUAAAGAAAAAGUGGAAGGUGACUUCAAGGAGCUCCAAACUGACUACCAAAGAUUCAUGGACUAUACGGAUGGUUAUUAUCACUCUGAUUACAUGAUGAGACUCAGAAAACAUGGAGAAAACUUGGCCAAGAAGCGAGUCAGUGUAGUCACAUAUGAAGAUAUUGAAAAGCUCGAUUUAAGCUGAUAUUAACUUCAUAGCAUCAAAACAGUUAUCAGCUCUGAUAAUAAUUUGUGUGUGUAAUUCUGGUCUGAAGUUUAGACAGCCCCUGAUGCAAGUAGUGUUCAUAGUGCAGUUUACAAUUAAUUUCAAGGAUGAUUUCACAAAAGACCACCUGGGGGCAGUGCAGUGACAAGAUAAAUGUGUACUGAAUUAUUGCCAUGAAGGUUUAAUCUGCAAGUAGACAAAUUUCACAUUCUAAGCCUAUUGGAUAACAACUUGUCAUUGAAAUGAAGGAGAUACGUUGUUCAAGUAAUGUUUGUGCAAAGGCAAAUUCUUCAGCCUCCUAAGUCAAAGGCAAAAAUGAAGUCAAAUCAGUAGAUUAUGUUUUCAUUGCCACAGAUUUCAAAUUGUGUGUUUGUGGACAUAAUGUGUUUGAUGAAAUGAUCAGAAUACAGGGCACUUGUCGUGAUUCAGUAGGAAAAGAAAUGAUUGGAAUUCCAGCUAAUUUUUUCUCUUAAUAUAUUCUUAGAAUUUUGUAUUGCCAAGGAUGAUAGAAGUCUGUGCUUUUGGAGUGCUUGCUGUUUAUAGUUUCAAGGUCAAGCUCAUUCAGAACAUGAAAUAAAAUAAUGUGAUUGAUUAUUGUACUAUGAUUUUAAAAUCUUAGAACUAGAAGAUCAGAGAUGCAAUACCGCCUCCUCAGUAUGUGCCACCAGCUAGAUAAUGCACAGAAAAAGGAUGAGUACACACAGA